AUGGAAACUUUUCAGAUGCCAAAGAACAAUUUGCAACCUUGUGUUCCAACGGGCGUAUCAGAGAAGCGUUUCACAGUACAAGCAUGCAUUCCCACAAAGUCUGUUUCUUUGGGGAAGCAGCUUCAUUCUUUGAUUAUUACUUCUGGCUGUUCCUCCGACAAGUUCGUUUCCAACCAUCUCCUCAACCUGUGUUCGAAAUUUGGGGAGCUCCGAGCUGCAGUCUUACUGUUUGAUAGAAUGCCUAGUAGGAACAUCAUGUUGUGUAAAAUCAUGAUCAAAGCCCAUCUUGAAAUGGGUAGUUUUGAGAGUGCCAAGAAAUUGUUUGACGAAAUGCCCGAGAAGAAUGAUGAGUACUCGCUGGAUAAUGUGCUCAGGGGAUGUGCACACCUCACAGCUUUGUUUGCAGGCCAACAGAUUCAUGCUUAUGUUAUAAAAAUGGACAUACGGUGUAGUAUAAUCAACAUCACCCCAGAAAAUAUAGCAGUUGCACUAGGCUUGACUGCAUCAGGUCCACUGCAAUUUCUGGUUAAAAGAAUACAAGCUGAGAUCAAGCAAGACAUGGAAAUUGCGAAAAGAGCACAAGUUAGAAAACAACUAAAACAGAGAAAGAAGGUAGAAAAGAAGGAAAAGAGGAGUGUUAUUUUUGCUGAAUCCGAGAUGCAAUCCAAAAAAAGGAAACAAUUUAUUGAGGAUUCAUCUUCUAAAAAAGAAACCAAAUCUUCCAAAAAAGAAACUGGAUCUGAGAAUGAGAUGCAAGAAAAAUUCACUAAUCUUUCAGAAACUGGGCUUCACUCCACCGAAGCUCACUAUGAUCCUUCAGAAAUGUUGAAGGAACAAGAUGAAUUAUUAAAUGAAGCAGCUCCUGUUCUAGAAGCAAUAAUAGGUAGUAAUCCUCAAGAAAAAAUGAUUGUUCUUUAG